CUGGGAGGUUGGUAGACCAGAGACUUUAGAACCAGAAUGGACAUUAUUACAUUCAACAGCAAUCUCCAAGUGUGAUCACGCUCAGGGUCCUUUUUUUUGUUUGUUUUGGUCUUAAAAACAAAAGUUUCACUUUUUUUAUUCCUUUUAAUUCUCUCUCUCUGGACAGUCCAUGGGAGGAUCGACUCCAAAUUCCGGCUCCAGUUUCCCCAUCAGCAUGUUGAACCAGCCAGAGUCCAGUGAGAACUUCAGCAAAGACGCCGAGAGGAAUACCAAACCCAUGCAAGAUUUCCCCGAGCUGAGGUAUGGCAUGCAGGACCGGUUCUACCUAGCGGCUGACCAGUGCCAGAGCAACCCGGACUCUGUCCCUCUCCCGUACCCCAGCCAACACAUCUCGGCGGCUGGCAUCUCGGUGGGCAACGCCAGCAGGUUCCUGAGUCCAACUUUAUCCAACUGCCCUUACCCCGCCACCAGAGCGCCGGUCCCCGGAGCGCCGAGCUACCCAGCCCCCGGGGCCGAGGUCUAUUCAGCGGGCACUGACUCCUUCUCGGCCCCGUACGCUCCCUCCUUCCAGCGGACAUCCAUCUACGGCGUGCCGGGCUUGCAGGCGGCCGGGAAAGUGCAGAUUCUCCUCUGCAAUUACCAGCUUUGGGCUAAAUUUCACAAACACCAGACCGAGAUGAUCAUCACCAAGCAGGGCAGGCGGAUGUUUCCUUUCCUGAGUUUUAACAUCACGGGGCUGGAUCCUUCUGCUCAUUAUAAUAUUUAUGUGGAUGUUGUCCUGGCAGAUCAGCAUCAUUGGAGGUACCAGGGAGGAAAAUGGGUACAGUGUGGCAAAGCAGAAGGCAACAUGCAAGGCAAUCGGACAUACAUCCACCCAGACUCGCCAAACACAGGGGCACACUGGAUGCGCCAAGAAAUUUCCUUUGGGAAGCUCAAGUUGACCAACAAUAAAGGAGCAUCUAACAAUGUCACUCAGAUGAUUGUGUUGCAGUCCCUACACAAGUACCAGCCACGGCUUCACAUUGUGGAAGUGAAGGAGGACGGCACUGAAGACCCAUACCUCACAACGAAAAUGCAAGCCUUCACAUUCCCCGAAACACAAUUCAUCGCUGUUACUGCUUACCAGAAUGCUGAUAUCACACAACUUAAAAUAGACCACAAUCCUUUUGCUAAAGGCUUCCGAGACAAUUUUGACUCAAUGUAUGGGAAUUCUGAAGGAGAUCGACUGACCCCCUCUCCACCGGAUCAGCCAAACUGCCAGCAGCUGGUUCCAGGCACACGGUAUCAGCCAUUCCUACAUGACCAGUACAUGAAUGCCCUGCCUCAAGGUCGGUACUACAAUGGUGAUCGGACUGUGUCUCACACAUCUAAACACAGAGAAGACAUUACAAACCCUCACCGAUGGUUUGUGUCACCAGUACAGCAGCAGAGUGGCAACAGACUGGAUUUUGGCUCCUAUGAUCCAGACUAUGCCGGGAAUGCCUUUAUGACUUACAGUAUGAAAGGUUUCCCUCCUCUUCAAGCAACUCCCCAUCCUCUGGGCUACUACCAGGAUCAUCCGUUCAGUUCAGGAAAUGCAUGGGGUGCAAGGGCACCCUCUCAAUUUCACCACAGCAAGCCUGGCUCCGCAUUGACCUGGUACAGGCCGGUGGCUGAUACCAGGCCAACGCUGGUCAACAUAGAGGACAAAAGCAAAGAAACGGAGGACUCGUCUUGGCUCGAGCCUCAUUCCGUUAAGUCGGCUGAUUCUUCCGAUUCGGGACUGUACGAGGCAGAUUGUAAACGGAGGAAAGUGUCUCCUUAUACCUCAAGCACUGAGAACUCACCCCCCAAUCAGAAUGGUGAGAAAUAUGAGAAGGAAAAUGGAAGUGAUACAGGGUACUACAGUUUUUAUACCAACUGAGUCACUCCUACGGCAAUGUUGGACAAGCACACUCUGCACAACAUGCCAAAUGAUAUAAACUACAUCGGGUCCCCAGGACUGGUCAUCACCCCAAAGAUGGAAGGGGUGGCAACUCCCCUUUACUGUUCUAGAAAGUUCCCUUAACGACGUUGGCCUUCAGAGGGAUAGAGAAAAUCUUCUAGCCCUGCAGGAGGGGUGGGAAUUUAUUUCUUAUUAAAUUGGUCUUUCCAACACAGACGUUACCUGCAAUGUUUUGAGGUGUAUGGAGUGUUCAUACUGAAGGGCAAGUAUGUUAGUUAUUAUGUGACAUACGUGGGGUUAUUGGAAAAAACACUUCAAUCAAGCACAAUUUUAUCAAUCACCGAUGAACGUUUCACCACCAAUGUUUCUUAGGAUUGCAAUAUACAGAGGGAGAAAAUGAUAAUUUUAAAAUGGAGACAAUGAAUUCUUU